UGGCAAACUUCUUCCUUCUUGCAAAAGUUGCAUGAACUAUGAACUACCUCCAACAGCAAACGAGCAGAGGAGAUGAGAGUUCUUUACGUUUAUUUUGUUACUACUUUACUUUAUUUUCUAACGAUGGGAACUACAUUAUAUGGAGAUACAGAAGAUCCUUUUGUAGCUGACAUCCUUACGCCAUACAAGGAUUACUACAGAACGAAAAGAACACAUCGCUUUGUACGGGACUGCCAACCGAUUGAACGUGGCAACACAACCCACGAAAUAUUCAAUGUUUCCAGACUCCUAAACCCCGAAAAACCUUUUGUACAAGUGAACAAUUUCUACCACGAAUUUAACAGAGAUGGUAAAACGUUGAAUGUCGUAGGACGUGUUGUAACGGUGGAGGAUCCGAUAAGGACUAUCUCUGUUUUAGAACCGAAAGAAGUCGGAGGUUGUAGUAAAUUUACGAGAGCGACUGUCGCCGAAACUGGCAAGCAGAGAAAUUGUUUCGUCUCCACUAAUGGAGGAAUGUUUAGAACUAUGGACGGCAAGUGCUAUGGAAAUAUUUUCAGUGACGGGAGAAAAGUACAAGAUUCUGGCGGCGUUCAAAAUGCUAAUUUCGGAAUCCGGCAGGACGGUACACUUGUUGUAGGAUAUUUGUCCGAGGAAGACGUUCUUCGGAAAGAAAAUCCUUUUAUUCAGCUUGUUUCUGGUGUUGUGUGGCUUUUGAGAAAUGGAUCUAGUUAUGUAAAAGAGAGCAAAAAGGCAGAAUGUCGUGACACGGAGGAGACAGGACCUAUGGACGUUUUUGCGGGUGUUUUGUCGGCCAGAACAGCGCUUGGUCAUGACAGCCAAGGGCGAGUCGUGAUGGUGCAGGUAGAUGGAAAAACUAAAAAGCGUGGGUAAGAAUUUUUUUCGUUCCUUGAUAAUCGUAUAAUUUUAUUUAAUUGGCGAUAAAAGAAUAUUAAAUAGAAGCUAGUCUGGUGGUAAUCACAUGACUUAGAGGGAUUCUUUUCACUGAGUUCAGUUGCCAUGGAAUUUCAAGAAACCAGAAAUACAAUCCCUUAAUGUUCUUAUUGCUGUGAAAGAAAAUCAACAUUUACCUUUCUAAACUAAAAAGUAAGCAUGGGUAAAGUUUCCCUAACGAAUAAAGUUUAUGAUCACUAAUUGACAGUUUUCUUAGCAUUUUUUUUUUCCCAAAUAAUUGGAGGAGCUUAUUUUCAAUUUUUUUCAAUAUACAGUACAUAAAGGGUAGUGAUUGGUAUGAUGAAUAGGUCAUGAAGAACACUGCAAAAACUAUUCAAAAUUAUAAAAAUAAUAAAGAAAUCAGUUAAUGCAGUGCUUGACACUACUGCUAGUCCACUAGACUAGUGAAACUUCACGCUGGGCUUGUAAACAUGUGCUCCUACUAGCCCUUAGACCAGUUACUUUACUAGAGAAAAUUAAUUUUAAACAACUUCUGGAGCUUGGGAAGUUCUUUUUCUAUGCUUCAUCAGUAGUUAAUUUCUAUAGCUUGAGUAUUAAAUGUAAAACCUAAUCGUACGAUUGACUCGCAAAACAGAUGCCAUGUUGGAAAUGGAAUUAUGCGUGAGCUGGGUGAAAUCCAUCACAGGUGCGCCUGAUUUUGGAAUUUUUUUCGCGCAUGUAAGAGAAAGCAUCCUUCAAUGGCCAAUGAUUCUUAAGCAGAUUUUCAUUGUUUGCCAGAGGACCACACACAGUCUGAAGAGAAAGAGAUGCAAACGGUUGUCGUUUUCUAGAUCUCUGGAGGUUGAAAGAAAAAUAUCCUCGGCUGGGAUUCAUUAGCGGCAAAAGUGUCUUGUGGAACUUGUGGCAGUGUGUGUACUCGAACAGUAGCGCUAAGAGAUCAGCAAAUUCAAACUAUCCUUCAAUCACAGAAACAGAAAAUUUCUGUUGUCUGUCUCUACCGGUUUAAAGUUGGACCUUCAUAAAAUGUAUUGACUGUAUUAAUAAAGAAUUGGAAACAAACAAAGAUAACACAGCAAGUGUUUAUCCGUUUGCGUUUCGUUUUAAAAUAUAUAAAUAUAGACUGAACACCGGAAGGAGUAGAGUGGUGCCUUACCCCUUGGGUGUGUUUUUGUCUGGGCUUUUUUUUGUUUUUGACCAGUGACUUGUCCUCUUGGGCUAGUGAUUUAUUUCACUUACUAGCCCAUUGCCUAGUGUCCAAAAAAGCAAGUGUCAAGUACUGUAAUACAAAUAAAUUUUGAUUUGCACAGUUAUAGCUUGUUUCAGAGUGCUUUUUAUAUUCCAGUUUGUAUAAAAAGCCCUAUUGAAUAUAAGCACCUCUGUUUAAAAGCCCUCCUAAACCCUUACAAAAAUAUAUAAGACCAGGGUUUAUAAGCAGCAGUUCACAAUAAUGGCCGUAACACACUGAUGAAUUAUUUUACUUUAUUGUUUUAAAGAAUCGAUUUGUACAGUUUUGCUGAUCUUCUGUUAAAAUUUGGUCUUGUAAAUGCCAUAAACCUUGAUGGUGGAGGCUCUUCAACAAUGGUGGUGAAUGGAACUGUUGUCAAUUAUCCUUCAGAUCAAUGGUAAGUGCUUAACUUAAGUGGUACAUUUUUUUACUUGCUAUCAUUCAUAUGCUAAAAAUGAUCACUGAGUAAAACCUGUUACACCUGGAACUACAACCCUGGUCAAAACUCUUGGGACACUCACGCAAUAGCUCGUCAAAUUGAGGCAUCUUCCCGCGCCCCUUCCCCCUCAGUGCAGUAUUGACGUUAUGUAUUCAAGUUUUAAUUCAACACAAUCAACAUUGCUUUGGGGAGAGUGGGACAGCAGAAAUAGCCCCUUAUAGCAACAUCCCCAAGCUUUUUUAAGAGGUAGAAUAUGAGUUAAUUUAGCAAAGUGCGUCUUUGUGCCAAAUUUCCUCAAGUGUCCCAAGACGUUUUGACCAGGGUUGUAGUUGCAUAAAACCUAUAUUAGGGAGCUUAAACAACAACAAUGACCAAGGCUAUAAAGACAUUACUUAAAAUUAAGUGAAUUUUCACUGCUUCGACCUUUAUUGCGCGUAUUUCAUCUUGUUUAAUUGGUCAUAUGCUAGCAAAUUUUUUUGGAACUGAAUUCUAAAAGACUGUAUCAAAGUUCAAUAAAAGAGGGAGAAAGUCAUUGUCUUGUAUUCAUGUUCUCCACAAAAUAAGAAUUUAGGCACUUUCACAUCGUAGUCGUGCAGUGACGGCAACUUAAUUUACAAAAACAGGUGACUGCAUGCUUGUGUGGAGUUCAAGAAUUUCAAUGAUUUUUAUUGUAAACAACCAAAUUGCCCUUGUCUUUGAAACUGACUUGUUAAAUUAAGAAGAAUCAAUGCGGAGAGUUGGUAGGUUUUUUAUUUAGAGCCACGUUGUGGUUUUUGCAGUGAUUCUGUUUAUACCAAGCGUCAGUGUUCGUUUUUUGUGAGAUUUUAUAUACAGUCGAACCUCUGGUAAGCAACCACCUCAGAAAUUCAAAAAAAGUGGUUGUAACUAGAGCUGGUCGCUUACGAGAAUGAGCUCUCGUAAGCGACCACACAGUAAAACAAUAGAGGGUGGUCGCUUACAAGAACUUCAAAAGCCAUUAAUAAUUCAUAAAAAAAAACAAAAAGAAAUCAAUGUUUAAUGAGUGUCUUUAUACAUGAUAUGUAUAGAUACAACUGUACUUUACGUCCAAUUUUUCAGACCAAAAUAACCCCAAAUCUAAACAUUAGUGCAAGAAUGAGUUGAUCUAUGUCAGGUGAUUUUGAAGCUGUUCAAUAAACUCACAGUUCCUGUUUUAUCGAGUCUGAGUGGUCACAUACAAGAGCUUAAAAACAAAGGAAAAAUCCAGUUGGGUAAUCCCAAAAGUGGUCAGGGCCGCUUACGGGAGAGGUCUUUUACGAGAGCUUUUCAUUACAAAGUUUAAGUCACAGUUCAAACAGGGUUUCACAAAGGUGGUCAUAAGUAGAGCUGAUUGCUUACAAGAGAUGUCGCUAGGGGAGCUUUGACUGUAAUUCGAACUUCUUGUCUUUUCCAUCGUGAAGCGUAAUGAUUCUGUUAGCUUUUCUUUCUUGUUUUCUUUCUUCUUUCUUCUUCGUUAAGGACCAAUUUUUUUUUUUAAUCAGCUCUCCCUUUUUGUUAUCUCUAGUGGUAAGUUCAACUGCCCAAGGCAUGUGACCACAAUUGUGUGCGCACAUGAGCCCGACUGUGUGCCCAGGAACUGCAAUGGUCAUGGACAGUGUGUGAUGGGACGGUGUGUUUGUGACAGUCAGUGGACUGGGGAAUCUUGUGAUGUAGUAAAGUGUAAAGAAAAUAAUUGUUCAUCAAAUGGAGUUUGCUCUCAACAGGGUGAGUCAAGACAGGCUAUACUUUAUGUUGACUCAGUUUGAAAAUUAUCUUGAAAAAUGUGUCUUAUUGUAAUCUCCACGAAGUGGUAUAUGAAAGCAUCAUGUUCAAACAUUUCUCCUGCAGUAGUAAUUUUUGUCAUUAUCCUUGGAAGUUUCUAUCUACUGCAACAUUGAUUUUCUCAGAAGGAAUGCCUUGCCACACAAAAAUAAUAGCUUAUGUGUAUAAGGGAAAAAUAUAUUAAUAAAAUGCUGCCAACAAAUGAAAUUCUAUGCAGGGACAAGCCCAAUGCAAGCAAUUAUUGGAAUGCUUGUAAUGUAUUGUGAUGCUGUAAACAAAAAAGACAGUAAAAAACAAUACAGGAAUUAUCGUCAAGGAGUCAACAGAUCUACAAAAAUGCCAGUAAGGUUAUUGCUGUGAUUAAAAGCUCUUACUGCAGGAUAAUAAUAAUUUAUUAUAUAUGCCUCUAUUUUUGAGAGUAGCAAUUCAUAAUGAGCUGCCAGGUGAAAAAUGUGAAGAUCUUUCUGCUCUUAAUGAGACCUUACAAGUCAUGUUAUCUCUUUCUUUAAAUUUGUAGAUGGCUGCUUGUGUUUUUCUGGUUGGAGAGGGGAUAAUUGCAGUGAAGGUUAGUCUUGACAACAAUAGACCCUUCUACCGUGUUUUUUUUUUAGUGUGGACAAAGACCAGUCAGCCAUUAUCCAUUAACACUGCCGGAAAGAGUGCCUUAAUCUUUAAAUAAACUUGCCAAGUUAGAAAGUGAUACAUUUAAAGCAAACAGAAAUAUUGCUCCUUAAAGUCACAAAUUUUAUCAAGUUUGUAUCGUGGGGGGCAUUAACUUUAAGGCAUAUCCCGAGAAGUCUUAGGUUAAUAGGUUUAUCGCAGAGGCUAUGAAAGAAAAAAACUGACUGACUUUAAAUCUCUAGAGGAUGGCAUCCUUGAUUUAAUGAAAAACUAGUAAGUCCUUAUCCCAGGAAUUAUCAGAUCGUUGCAUCAUUAUGAGAACAGUAUUAUACUUUAGGAGUUGUUUUUUUAAGAAACUCUUGUUAGUUUGCAUUAUAAUGAUAUUGAUUUCUGUUACAGCUUGCCCUCCAGGCCUGUAUGGAGUAAAUUGCAGCAGGGAAUGUCUUUGUCUGAAUGGCGGAACGUGUAACCGCCUCAAUGGAGAAUGUAAUUGUAGUUUAGGCUGGACUGGAUUGUAUUGUCAACACCGUAAGUGUUAAUACCAAAAAAUUAUUUUCUUAUUUGCUAAGGACCAUUUGUGCUACUUAUUGUUUAGUUAAGUGCUCUAAAUCUGUUGUUACUUUUCAGAUUAAACCUGUCUGGUAUAACUUGUGCCCAGUUAUAUUUAUCUAUUAGGAUUUUAUAAAAAUGAAUUUGAAUUUUUUAUAAAGUUUUUCUUUGGCCACUAUUGGAAGUGAAAUUUUUCACUAACUGCUUUAAAACUGAAAUAAUUAUGGUAACCAGGCACUGCAAACGAUGUCAUCCUCUGAGAAAUGCUUAUUUGGGUCGAUCCUUUCCUGGAAUUGGCUGGAAAAGGACUUAUGCAGUCUCCCUGGGGUCUUCUCCCAUGGGGCAGGGGGAGGGGGCGAGGGGGUUGGCUGAAUUACUGCAAAGAUGUUAGCAGGUUCAUCCUUCUCUAUGGAUUGUACAUUUAUGUUAUUUUUUCAUUGUCAUCAAAUUACCGGUAGUUACAAUCAUCAUUGUCAUCAUCUCUGUCCUUGUUAUCAUUAUUUGUAAUCUGCUAUUUUGUUAAAUUUAUCAGGCUGUUUUCCUGGAAGUUAUGGACAGAAUUGUUCAAUGAUUUGUGAUUGCCCUAACACAUGCAACUGUGAUCCAGAAACUGGUGAAUGUCUUUCUGCACACAACAAUACCCUGCUCAACGCUACUCAGAAAUGUAAGUCGGCAUUCUAGUGCACACAGAUCCAUCCUUUGCUUACAGAGAGGGUGGAAGUUGCACAGGCACGUUAUUGCACAAUUCAGAAGUAUUUGGACAACCCAGACUGUAUAGCUGUCUGUCUCUACACUAUGGACUUUAGUAAAGUGUUUGACUCUGUUAAGCAUUCCCUAUUAGCUGCAAAAUUAGAGAAGCUUCUUAUUAAUCCUUAUAUUAUUAAUCUGUCUUGAGAUUUUCUAAAAGACAGGCAACAGAGAGUGAUGCAUAACACUUCUAAGGGGUCAUGGAGAACGGUCAAUAAGGGCACCUGUCAGUGUAGUGUUAGUGGCCCUUAUUUUUUAAAAUUUUUCUAAAUGAGUUAGAGAUCUCAUAGGAUAAUUGUACUUUUUAUGAUUCAACGAUAAUUGCCCCAGGUCGUUAGAUCUGGUGACCAGGUUCAUGGAGUGGUUUUGGAUCAACUGUAUGACCUGCAAUCCAAUAUUAAGUGCAAAGAACUUACCUUUCUCAAGAAGGGUUCGAACGUGGAUGCUUUCUAUCCACCUACUGCAGAUAUACGGCAAUGUAAAAAAUUGCAACUCCUCGGAGUGUGUUUCCAGGAAGACUCACGUUUUGUUAACCACGUCAAGGAGAUGUUUACUAAGGCUAACAAAGGCCUCCUUGUUUUAAGAUCUCUAUGCACAAAGGUUACAGUCAGUUAGAAAUAGACAACCUAUUUAAAGCUAUAGUGUUGCCAAACUUAGUGCAUGGUAUGUCAGUAUUUGGAGCUUCCAACUUUCAACUAUACAAUGUGUUCAGAAUAAAUACUUCAAACAUAUUAUAUUUCUCACAAUGUUAACAUCCACGAGCUCCUAGAAAAACAAGACAGAAGAAUUUACAGCAAAAUUUCUUGGUCUGAUGGCCACCCUCUCUAUCACAUGCUUCUCAAAGCAAAGGAUACUAUAAAAAAGUGCCAGCUACUUCGUGUUUCUGCUCUAAGGCUGAAAAUUAACACCCAAAGGUUUAUGAACACUAAAAUAAAUUGUUUAAUAUUAUAACUUAGCUAUUUAGAUUUUUUCUUUUAUAUCUUUUUUUAAAGUUUUUACCAUGAUGUCAUUUUACCAUUUUGGCUAUUUAUAAUUUUUAAAAUUCUUUUAUUUUGUCAUUUUAUCUGCAUGAGCAGGGAUCCAUAUUCAUUUUUCCGCACAGUCAUCAGCUGGGCAAGUAAGCCUGAUGGCAUACUUGCCUGGUUAUAAUUUGGGAUGCCUAGGCAAAAGUGCAGAAUUAUAUAAAAGAAUUGUGAAAAAAUUGGUUGCAACUUGAAAAUUUCUGAUUAGCAAGUUAUUUCCGUUAAAGUUACUAAGAAAGGGUUUAACUAAACUGUUAAGUACAACAGGUGCUAAACACGGUUUAUUUACUUUUUGCAAGUAGCCAUGGUCGGUCAGUUUGUUUUGAAGGCAAGACAAUGCACUUACGUUUUUCCCCAUAUAAGGCAGCAGCUCCUGUGUCACCUUUUUUUCCGUCAAAGGCAGCGAAACGUCUUCUGAAAAACGUCACAUCUGGAUGUGUAUAAAGCACCAGCUUCUGCCUCACCUUUUUUUCCACUGAAGGCAACGAAAUGCCUUCUAAAAAACGCUACAUCUUGAUGAGUGCUGUCACGUUUUCUAAUGGCCUCUGAACGCAGUACUUCACAAAAACUGAGCCCACGAUAGUUUCAUAGAAAAUAUACUGCAUCAUCAAAGGUGGAGCCCAAACUUAUGAUUUCGUUGCAGACAAAAGCUGCUUGUUAUUCUCCAUUAUUCCAAAAGUUUUAAGUGGAUGAGAAGUAAUCAGAACACAGGGAAAGUGUAUAAAAUCAUACAAGAAUUUUUGAAAAGAUUUUGUGGUUGAGCAAAACCUCACUCGUCCGAAAGGCAACUUUCAAAGUUAUCUUAAUUGUCUGUACAAGACUGUAGUCGUCUGGACAACUGGACAACUGGGAAUAUGGAUCCCCUUAUCAUGUAUUUGUAACAUUUGGCUCUUUUCUGAAUAGUUGUUGUAACACAGAAUAUGUAUUUUUAUUCUAUGAAAUAAAGACAGACAAUUUGUAAUAUUAUUAUCAUUAUUAUCCUCAAGAAAAUUUGUGUUUACGUAUGUCAAGAACUUAUUAUUAUGUCUCCUUUAUCAUCAGGGCUGCAGUGCCAGUUAGAUUUACGAAUGAGCAAGUUACUUCCAACAUCUAAUGCUAAACAGCCCAGUACUGAAAAAGUCGUCACCGUGGAAAAGGAAUUUAGGUAUUCCUGGAUUUUUUUUGUUUUAUUAUGCCAGAUGACCCAUUUAAGGGUCUUUGAAAUAUCUGUAUUAAAGAUCAUACCUUUAUGACAUGAUUGCAUCAUUAAUAUACUGCAAGGGUCGGCAAAUGGUAGCGAGAAAAUCCUUGGACUUUUAACCUUUUCACACUCUCAAACUCUUGUAACUAAUAAUAUUGUAACUGGUCUCAAAUUCUCUUUCUUUGUGAAUUUUAUUUGUUCUUUUAUGAAACUUUUUGAGUCAAAGUCUCAAGAGUUUUUUUGCCAGGUUUCAGCCUCAUGGCAAGUUGUGGACUUUACCAUUCAUUAGGGACCUUAAGAUCCGACGAAGGCGACAGCAAUGGGGACGCCACAAAAGCAAUAGGUUUAAUUAGCAAAACAACAAUUUUGCAUGUGCAUCACGCUUUUUUGUACAUUUCUUUGCGGUCACUGCACGACUACGAUGUGAAAAUGCCUAAUUUCACGAUGUACAGAAGGUCGUGAGGAGGUACACAAGUGACGACGAAAUUUCCUUUCUCUUUCUGAACUUGAAUAUGUUUCUUAGGAAUUCAGCUUAAGGAGGGUUCACCUACAUUUGACAAAGCUAGUGACUUGGAGUAAUCUCAAUGAAGACUGAAAGAACGCAAAUUCACUUUAUCAGCGACGUUUUCUCUGCCGUCGCCGUCCUCGGAUCUUAAGGUCCCUAUUGCCUCCAGUGCAGAAUCAUUUGAUCCUUUACUUUUAACUAAAAUUAGCUUUAGAGGAUGUAAGAGAACCAAGAUGAAUGUUUAAAUGAAGAGGUUUAGACCGUGGAUUAUAGUCUGACCUGUCAGUUCCUCCAUUAUUAUGAUUUUAAAGUUAAUAGAUUUUUUUUUACUAAACAAACUAUCAACCUAAUGGGCUGACUUGAAUAAGUGAAUUAUAAACAAUAAAAAUACUUGAUAAUUCUUUCCUCUCAUAGGCGGCGGAGCAGGGAGGGGGCAAAGACGUUUGCUUGUGCUAAAGAACAACACAAAGGGCAUUUUGGAAAAUCUGAGUAAGGGCAUGCGAAAAGCUGAGUGGAAGAUGAGCCCCCCCCCCCCCUUCAUGUUUGAAAAUGCUCUCUCACCACUGCCUUUUGUGGAGCUUUCCAGGGGUAAUAAAAUGAAAAUAAUACACAUGGAACAUGAAAAUUAUUGUUAUGUUAAGGAUGCCAAAUGGCUGGAGGUAGACCAGUUACAUGUGUAGUCAUUUUACAAGGGGGGUUGAGGAUUUGAACUUGAGACUACCAAGAACAAAUCUAGUGGGGCCUCUGGACUGCAAAACCAUCACUCUAACCGCUCAGCCAUACCGCCUCCGUAAAUCUUCAUUACUGGGAUUACUUAGUAAAGCAAGCUGAUGAGUUUUCCUCUUUUUGAAAGCUUUUUCUUUGUUUUCUUUGAUCAUUGUGGUAAUUGUUUGGUAGUAAAGCUGAUUUCUUCUGUUUAUUUACCUUCCUUUAGCAAGCUGUUUGUGUGGUUUAUAGCAGUGAUAAGCCUCUGUGGUAUCAGCCUGUUGGCUAAUUUGAUUUUGAUAUACCUUGCCUGUAACCAAGCCUCAAGAAGUGCAGUCUGGACUCGCAGGAUGGGAGAAAGACAACUGCUUUUCAGCGAUGAUGACAAUGAGUUGUGAAGAACCUUACAAGCAGUCAUUACCAGUGAUAGUUGCAACACUCUGGAAUUGAUACUGUUUCACAAACUAGAAAAUACAAUCUAGCUACUGUUGGUUGAUACAGUCUAGCUACUGUUGGACAUUACAGUUUAGCACUUUUGGUCGAUACAGUGUAGUGGCUAGUUUAGCUACUGUUGGUCAUUACAAUCCAGCUACUGUUGGACAGUACAUUUUAGCACUGUUGGUCGAUACAGUCUUACUGUCUAGCUACUACUGGAGAGUGCAGUUAAGCUACUGUUGGACUGUACAGUUUAGCUACUGUUGGUUUAUACUGUCUCACUGUCUAGCUAUGGCUGGACAGUACAGUCUAGCUACUGUUGGACAGCACAGUUUAGCUACUGUUGGACAGAACAGUUUAGCACUAUUGGUCGAUACAGUCUUACUGUCUAGCUACUGUUAGACUGUACAGUUUAGCUACUGUUGGUUGAUACUGUCUUACUGUCUAGCUACUGCUGGACAGUAAAGUCUAGCUACUGUUGGACAGGACAGUUUAGCUACUGUUGGACAGUACAGUUUAGCUACUGCUGGACAGUACAGUCUAGCCAAUGCUGCAAAAAUAACACAGUAUUAUGGCUACUGUUGUAACUGUUGUACAAUACAGUCCAACCAUUUUGGAAGCCUGUGAUUUUUGUCUGAUGCCCACUAGUUGACCACUUUGAAUAAUCACUCUCUGAAUGUAUCUGUUACAGGUCAAAAUUAUUUUCAGGUUAAAAUUUUUUAACCUAGGUUGAUUUUCAAUUUUCUUGGUGUCCUAGGCCUAAUUAUUAAAGAAUGAGGGCUAGGAGACAAAAAAAAUGAGAAUUAACUCAGGAAUAUUAUUUUGACCUGUAACAUAUCCAUAUACUAGUGACUGAAUGGAAAAACAGCAGAAUUUAAUGUUGUCAUUGCGGAUUAGUUUCAUUAUAAUUGCCACAGGCAGUAUACACUGGCAGAAAUUUUUUGCCUCCAUCCUUCUUCAUAGAUGUAUACCUUCAUCAGGAUAAAAUAACACAUGAAAAUAAAAUACAAACAUACAAGAAAGAUGAUCAACAAUGUUUCACAGGGAACAGUUAUUGCCUAAAACUGUUUCAUUUCAUAAGUCAAGAGAACAGGGAAGAAUUAAUGAUAUUUAGAUUCUAGUACCUUUUUAAUGAUAAACUAAGUUAAAUGAAAAGAAGAAACCCUAAUUCAUUAUUUAAACCGGGUUUACAUCAAUUUGUAUUUAAUUUUCAAAUUUUUGAAGGCAAUACCGUGCUUUUUGCAUCAAACGUAGUGUCAUUGUUGGAAUCGUUUUAGUUAGGGUAGAAUUUUUAAAUUGUUAUAGUAACCAUUGUAUACCAGUAGUAAGAGUAAAUCUGUGAUAUUUAUAUUUCUACUAAAAAGUAGAAACACUGUUAAUUUCCAUUUGUAAGUUACCUGUAAUGAUGUGACAAGGUAUUUUAAACUGAG